CCGGGCCGUAAAUGAGCGAUGUUGGCAUGUGAGGCGCGCAAUCCAAGUCAAGGAAUGUUAAAAGCAAAGGAUGGCCCCUGAGACGACUUGGAACGGGAGCUUCACCGACUGUGAGCUUGCGGCAUCGCGAACCAACCGCCAUGCUUCUUCCUCUUCUCUCGACACUCCUUCUCUGGAGCCUGGCCGACGCCGCCGUGUCUCCUGACGCCAAAGCCGUGUGCUCUACUCUUAUAGCCAAAUAUCCAAAGAACCUCGUCUGGGACACCAUCGGUCCCAACGCGGGAGACACCAUCACCCAGGCGGCUGCGUACAACUCGGCCUUGUUCGACUACUGGAACGCGGCGAGCGCUGACAACCGCCCCGCGUGCGCCUUCUUCCCUUCCAACGCAGAGCAGGUCUCCUUUGCCGUGCGCACUCUCAAUGCGUAUCCGUCCGUCAAGUACGCGCUCAAGUCUGGCGGACACAAUCCCAACCUGGGCUACUCGAGCGUCAAGCAGGGCGUGCUCAUUGCGUUCCGCCCCAACUCGCAGUACGCGAUCCCCGCCCCCGACGGCAAGACGGUCGAGGUCGGCGCGGGGUGCAAAUGGGAGGACGUGUACGAGGUUCUUGAGCCCCUGGGCAGGACGGCCGUGGGCGGCCGGCUGGGCGAUGUUGGCGUCACGGGCUUCAUGCUCGGAGGCGGCUUGUCGUACCUGUCAGCCCAAUACGGUUUCGGAUGCGACAACGUCGUCGAGUUCGAAUGUGUGCUGGCCAACGGGACCAUUGUCACCGCCAGCCGGGAUUCCCAUCCCGACCUGUUCUUUGCGCUACGCGGCGGUGGCAACCAGUACGCCAUCGUCACAAAGAUGAUCCUCAAGACGUACGAGAUCGGGGACCACGGCUCCAUCUGGGGCGGGGUGCGCACCUACGGAGCGGACCAGCAUUCCAAGAUACUGUCCGCCAUUGCGAGAUUCACUGCCAACAACACGGAUCCCAAGGCAGCCAUCAUCCCGAACUUCAACUACUUUGCCGCAGUGGGCGUCAACCUCCCUGGCGCGCUCGUAUUCUUCUUUUACGAUGGAACCAAGGUCCCUCCCGGUGUCUUUGACGACUUCAACAGCAUCCUGUCGCUCUCCGACACCACAAAGGUCAAGAAAUACACGGUCCUUACGCAGGAGGUUCUUGGCGGCGAUAUGAAGGGCAUGAGAUUUCAGAUUCGGGAAAACACGUUCCCCAACAUGCCUGAAAAGGACAUGACGGCCUUCCUCAACGACCAUUACAAAAAGAUGCUCAAGGGAUCCUCUGAAAGAGCACUGCAAGAUCUUUUGGACUUUCGACUCAUGUCCUUUGCGGUGCAGCCAAUGCCGCGCGGCAUCGUCAAGGCAUCCAGGGACACGGGUGGCCCCAACGCCCUCAGCAUGGAACCCGAGCAGGGGGAUCGCGUAUGGGUCGAGUACGACGUCGCCUGGCUGAGUCCGCUGUGCGAUCAGCGGUGUCCAAAGUCUUUCGAAACCUUGGUCCAAUCUGUGCACGACUUGCACGUAGAGAACUAUUCUGGCAUCCCUCCCACAAACUACAAGGAGGGCGAUGUGGACUUCAUCAGCUACAACCCCAUCUUCAUGAACGACGCCAUGCAUGGCCAAGAUGUGUUGCGGAGCUACGGGAACGCCACAUAUGACAGGCUCAAGGCCACGCACGAGGCAUACGACCCUGAGGGGUUCUUUGCCGAGCGCCAAGGGGGAUUCAAGUUUAGCUCAUAGGUAGCCGACAAGUCCGUACAUACAAUAUCAGUUACUGCAU